AUGCUCCGCCGCGUCGCGGGCCCCCCGCCCCUCCCAAAGCUGGCGGAACGAGCCGACUUGGAGCACUUCAAGGGGGUGAUCCUCAACACCCUCUGGCGCGCCGAGCUGAGCCGCGGGCAGCGCAGCAUCUUCGUCGCUGUGCUCUUCUGCUUCCUCACCCACCUCGCCUACAACGCUUGGGGCGGGUGGCCCAGUGUCAUCAACGACACUGUCAUCUGGACGGCGACGGAGGCCGUGCGCUCCGCCUGCCAGGACUGGCUCGCCAACCCGUGGGUCUCGUUGCCCCGCUUUGUCGCUAUGUGGGAAGAUCUCGUUGAAGACGCUGUCGUCUACACACUUCACUGGGACCCCGAGAUCCCCACCUCGAUGCCGUACUGGCUGGAUUGGCGCGCAUCAGCGACGACGACCGCGGCUCGCCCCAAACGCCAGGCGCUGGAUCGGCAGUAG